GAUAACAUAUAUUUACUGGCUGAAAUGUGGCCGUUUGAUGGUAGAUUAUCCUUUAGGGAUUUUUUUGGUUCAAGGAUAGCUCACAGUGAUGCGUUUGGUACUAAGCGUCCGAAAUUAACUGUUGAGGAGCGUUAUCCUAUCCCUGAGGAAUAUGAGAAAAACCCGGACCUAAUUCCCAAAUAUUAUUCAUUUCAAUCAAAUUUAGUAACGGAUGAGGAUCUUGUUCCUGGCAUGCUUCGUCAGUUGGAGGUGGACAAGCGUUUAACACUUCCUACCCGUACUCACAUUCGUUUUCUCAUUACUGCAACUGAUGUGAUCCAUACGUGGUCAGUACCAAGUUUAGGUAUUAAGGCUGAUGCUGUUCCUGGACGUCUUCACCGUGUGAACACAUUUAUUCUACGUGAGGGAGUGUACUACGGCCAAUGUUCAGAGAUGUGCGGUACAUUGCAUGGUUUCAUGCCUAUUGUGGUUGAAGCAGUAGCGCCUGAGACGUAUGCUGCUCACGCCAAGAAGUACUAUCGCGAGGACUAAGUUUAAUAUAUUACUGUA